CCGGGGCUAGCAUUUCAGCCGGUGCUUCAUUUCCGGUGGGGGUGCCACGCCCAGUGAGGGCCCGGAAGUGGGUCGCGCGAAGACCGCUGGGCGGUUCUUGCCGGAAGUGGAGAGCGGCUGAUCGCAGUCCGGAGGUGAGGCGGAACUCUUAAGGUGGAACAUUAUGGCCGACAUGCAAAAUCUUGUAGAAAGAUUGGAGAGGGCAGUGGGCCGCCUGGAGGCGGUGUCACACUCCUCGGACAUGCACUGUGGCUACGGAGACAGCUCUUCAAAAGGAGCUGUUCCAUAUGUGCAAGCCUUUGACUCGCUGCUUGCCAAUCCCGUGGCAGAGUACUUGAAGAUGAGUAAGGAGAUUGGGGGAGACGUGCAGAAACACGCAGAGAUGGUCCACACAGGCCUGAAGUUGGAACGAGCUCUCCUGGUUACAGCUUCUCAGUGCCAGCAGCCAGCCGGUAAUAAGCUUUCUGAUUUGUUGGCACCCAUCUCGGAGCAGAUCCAAGAAGUCAUAACCUUCCGGGAGAAGAACCGAGGCAGCAAGUUUUUCAAUCACUUGUCAGCUGUCAGUGAAAGCAUCCAGGCCCUGGGCUGGGUGGCUCUGGCUGCAAAGCCCGGCCCCUUUGUGAAAGAGAUGACUGAUGCUGCCAUGUUUUACACAAACCGCGUCCUCAAGGAGUACAAAGAUGUGGAUAAGAAGCAUGUCGACUGGGUCAAAGCUUACUUGAGUAUAUGGACAGAACUGCAGGCUUAUAUCAAGGAGUUCCACACCACUAGCCUGGCCUGGAGCAAGACGGGGCCUGUGGCAAAAGAACUAAGUGGAUUGCCAUCCGGACCCUCCGUUGGAUCAGGUCCCCCUCCACCCCCACCAGGCCCACCUCCUCCUCCAGUCCCUACCAGUUCCAGCUCCGACGACUCUGCUUCCCGCUCAGCGCUGUUUGCACAGAUUAAUCAGGGGGAAAGCAUCACACAUGCCCUGAAACAUGUAUCUGACGACAUGAAGACUCACAAGAACCCUGCCCUGAAAGCUCAGAGUGGUCCAGUUCGGAGUGGCCCCAAACCCUUCUCUGCACCUAAACCCCAAACCAGCCCCUCCCCCAAACCAGCCCCAAAGAAGGAGCCAGCUGUGCUGGAACUGGAAGGCAAGAAGUGGCGAGUGGAAAACCAGGAGAAUGUCUCCAACCUGUUGAUUGAGGACACUGAGCUGAAACAGGUGGCUUACAUAUACAAGUGUGUCAACACGACAUUGCAAAUCAAGGGCAAAAUUAACUCCAUUACAGUAGAUAACUGUAAGAAGCUCGGCCUGGUGUUUGAUGACGUGGUGGGCAUUGUGGAGAUAAUCAAUAGUAGAGAUGUCAAAGUUCAGGUGAUGGGAAAAGUGCCAACCAUUUCCAUUAACAAAACAGAUGGCUGCCAUGCUUACCUGAGCAAGAACUCCCUGGACUGUGAGAUAGUCAGUGCCAAAUCUUCUGAGAUGAACGUCCUCAUUCCUACAGAAGGCGGAGAUUUUAACGAGUUUCCAGUCCCUGAGCAGUUCAAGACCUUGUGGAAUGGGCAGAAGUUGGUCACCACAGUGACAGAGAUCGCUGGAUAAGCGAAUGCCCGCGGGUCCUGCGCCCUCCCCUUUCACACCAUGGGAUACAUCUGUAUGGAGACGGUUCUUUUCUAGAUUUCCUCUACCUUUCUGCUCUUAAACUGCAUCUCUGCUCUGAGAAGCCCAGCUACCUGCCUUCACUGAAUAUACCUCAGGCUGAGAAUGGGCGGGACAGCAGGUCAGUGGAUCUCUGGCGGGAAGGUGCAUGGCUCCGCACCAGCGCAGCUGCACCGCAGUCCGUGCUUAAGAGCUGCGGGCCCAGGCUGGAGCUUUCAGCUUUGGGGGUCAUUCUACCAACACACAGUCCUUGGGGGGAAACAUCCUGGAAACAAAGAGAUCAGAAUGUGUUCUACUCUUAACAGCCAGCAUGGCGGCAGCAGGAGCCAGUGUGACUCCGUAAGGUUCUAACCAAUCUAAUUGUUCAUCGCUGAGAAGUGAGGCCAGGGUUGCACUGGACCAAAGGCUAAGGCUUGCCACACAGCAUUCCAAGCAGACUUGUUUCCUAAAAGCAUUCCUUCAUUCUGCAUUCCAUUCUGGGUCAGCCUCAACCACAAAGUAGCAGGCUUUCUGCUCUCAGCUGCAGUAGCAGUACCAUUUUUGAGGGGAAAAAGUCUCAACCCUUUUUCCUCCCUCUGGGAUGACCACCUUGGUUCUCACGGGGCCAGCUUAAAAAGCAAAGCAAAGCAGCACACCAUUCCAAGGAGUCUGGCGGUCCUCUUCCCUGCCCGUCAUGCUCGGCAGCUUAGCGCCUCACUGCGGGCCCCUGAGCAGGGCGAGACCUCCACUGCAGGUUGUCUGGGUCUUGAUUUCCGUACAAAUCUUGCACAGCAUUGCCAUUGUAAAUCCCAGCUCUCCCUCUAGGACACACUGACCAAAAUAUGCAAAGUUUUUGUUUUGUUUUUGGUGGGAAGAGAGAUUGUCCUGUGACUUCUGCCCGUUUCCUGAGGCCUGUGGAAAUAAACCUUUAUGUACUUAAAGUUAUACAGAAAAUAGAAUAAAGUUAAUACCAAACUUG